GUACUAGCUACUAAUCGCCUAUUGCGGCGUCGUUUUACCUGCUGAUUCAGUCCAUUGUCGUCCCCAGAGUUCUGCUGGAAACUCCGCUCUCGUUUCACCUGCUACUUUAGCUUCUCACAAGAGAUUAGAUGGCCCUCUGGUGGUUACUGAACAUGAAUAUGAGGCUGUAUGAUGGGUGGAAGGAAAUUUUGAAAAUUCAGAAGUUCAGGAGAAUAGUAGGUUACACUGGAUUUUAUUGUUUCACUGCCCUCAUCAGCUAUGCCUACACCAGCAACACAACAAGGGCUGGGUACUCUCGGGGUGACCAAUUCUAUGCAUCUUAUCCGGCUGGCACUGAGCUCUUAACUGACACUGCCAAGUUAUACAAAGCGGCACUUGGUAAUUGUUUUGAAGAGGAAGAGUGGGGACCUAUUGAAUGGUUGGUUUUGGCUAAACAUUUUGAACGCCAAGGGAAAUCUCCAUAUGCAUAUCAUGCACAAUACAUGGCACACCUUGCCUCCCAUGGACAAGUUGAUGGAAGUGGUUAGCCCCAAAGAUGCCAACACUCAGCAGUAAUAAUAUGUUACGGGGGACAUGCGACCAAAGUGAAAGAAGCAACACAUGCUCUUGAUUAAUGACUUCAAAGUGCAAUCUGAUUCACAGAGAAGUAUGUUGUAUACUUUUUAGUUGCAUGAACAAAUUAUCCACAACUCAGCAAAAUGUGCACGUAAAGCUGAAGUUUGUGCGCCUUCUAUUACUUGAUUGUAGCUUCCCUAGAGGUGCAAGUAGCAGUAUCAUUUACUUCCUAGAGCUUCCCCUCGAGGGCAGAAAUCCACCGAUGGAGUAUAUCGUCUAUCCUUUCAGAACAAUCUGCUUGUAGUUACAUUUGACGGCUAAGCAGUGAUUGAGGAUAUGGUUUAUCCUUCCACAAUAUUUUUUAAGGUUUGUGGGGAUGCAGAAUGCUCUGAUGGAGUAUAUAGUUUAUUCUUUCAUAAAAAUCCGUCUAGUCACAUUUGCUGGCUUGUGGGGAAGCAGAGAUGUACUGAUGGAGGAUAUGGUUUAUCCUUCCAGAACAGUUUCUUUGUUCUGUUUUC